CGUUUUCGUCGCCGUCUUCGUGGAAGCAGAAAAGCGGCAGCGGCAGAGGCAGCAGCGAUGGCAGCCCCGGUUCUUGGACAUUCAGAAAUUCAUUAGGUUGCGCGCCAUCGUUCCAGGCGGUCGCACACUCCACGUGCCAUAGCCGUAACCACAACCUGCCAGCCGUUUAAGACCAAACUCAAAUACGAAACGAAACUGCCUUCACACAAGUACCUAAACCAAAAACCCAAAUAGCUGCCAAAAGUAACCAAAAAUACCAGAGAUCCCGUACCGUAACCCCCGUGCCCCUGGAAUAAAGAUGAUGGGAUCGCCGGGAUCCCAAGCGCCCGCGAUCGCGACCUCGGUCGGAAUCAGAGACGGGCGCAUAGGUUGCACGGGCUCGCUGCUCCUGCGCCUCCUCGCCGUGACCUUCGUCCUCAACGCCUGCCAUGUACCGCUGACAAAUGCCAAGCAAAUUACGCCCUUCAAUGAUGACCUGGAUUUUAUAUUGGCGGACGACCAAUUGCCGGGCAACAACGAGACCGAGUUGGCCACUAAGGCUAACGAUGACGAUGACGACGAUUUCCUCGAGAGCGAGGAUCUAAUGCGUUCAUCAGAAAAGGACGACUUCGAGGAGACGGAGAAUAAGGAGGACCUGCCUAAAGGUAACUGGUUUACCCAGAGUGUCCAUCGCGUUGGCCUCUCCAUCAAGAGUCUCUUUGGCGCUGAUGAGAAUCAGGAGCGGAAGCUGGAGCAUGAGCGGACUCGGCGGAAACGCCAAACUGCCCAUGAUCGGCAAAAGGAGCUUCGCCGGCAGAACAGGGAGGAGCGGGAACGCAAGCGGGAACAGGAAAAGCAUCAACGCCAGCUGGAGAAACAGCGUCUGGCCAAACGGGCCAAUGACGUCACUCGCAAGCGGGCACCUUCUGCCGAUCUCUACGACGAGAACGAGGCUUCCGGAAUAGAGGAAACCGCCAUCUAUCGUACCUCCUUCGUCGUUAAUGAGCCAUAUUCGACCGACUUCAGGGAUCGGACUAGCAAUGACUUUCAGAACCUGCAAAAAUUUAUAGACGACGAUCUGCGCAGAUUUUUCCACAACGCUUACGAUGUUCAUGAUGACGAGGAGCAAGAAAUCCGCAGCAUUCUGGAGCGAGUUGAACCGACCGAAGACAGCUUUCAGGUUCGCGUGCAUCUCAAGAUAGAGAUUCCCAGUUCUAUAACCGACUUUGGUAAUAAGUUGCAACAGAAACUGAAUGACUUCAAGCGCAUCGAUCAAUUGGGUGCUUCUGCCGAUAACGCCUUUUCCUUCACAGAAUUUAGUGCCCCAGAAGACACUGUGGUUCCCCGUAAGGACACCGGGUUGACGACCUUUAGAAACGAGUUCCCUGUAAUACGAGUAGAACCCAAAGAUGUUCCAUCAACCACCGGUCCCAAAGAUGAAGGCGAUCCGAUGCCGAUCGAUGUUAAUUACCAGCCAAAUCCAGUGCCGGUGGAGGGCUCCGGCGAUGACCUCAACUGUCGUGGGGAUGUCACCUUCACCUGUCGUCACAGCGGGAAAAUCAUUUGCGAUGAAAUGCAAUGCGAUAGAGUGAGACAAUGUCCCGAUGGCGAGGACGAGGAAUUCUGUCCCUAUGCACCGGUUUGCACUGAAGAUCAGUUCAAGUGCGACGAUAAAUGUCUGCCGCUGGAAAAGCGCUGCGAUAGAGUUACGGACUGCGAUGAUCAGACGGAUGAGGCUGCCUGUGAUUCGCAGCCAGCACCAGAGCCAGAAGAACCUGAGCAAUCACCUGAUCCUGAACCCGAACCCGAACCUAUACCUGAUCCUGAACCUGAACCCGAACCAGAGCCUGAGCCAGAAUCACAAGAAGAGGAAUGCCAUGCCAACGAGUUUAGAUGUAACGAUGGACAGUGCAUCGAUGCCAGAAAGCGUUGCAACAACAUCGAGGAUUGUGCCGAGGGCGAGGACGAGGGCGAGGAGUGCCCCGCCGCCUGCAGCGGAAUGGAGUAUCAAUGUCGCGACGGCACGCGCUGCAUCAGUGUGAGUCAGCAGUGCGACGGCCACUCCGAUUGCAGCGACGGCGACGACGAAGAGCAUUGCGACGGAAGUGGCUACGACGACGGGGAAUGUCGGUUCGAUGAGUUCCGUUGCGGAACCGGUGAGUGCAUACCUAUGCGUCAGGUGUGCGAUAACAUCUACGAUUGCAACGAUUAUACCGAUGAAGCCAACUGCGAUGGUGGUGAAUCCGAAGAGGAGGACAGUGUGGGCAUUCCCAUUGGCCACCGCCCGCAGAGACCGAAGUCCAAGUUCGAUGACGGACUGCACGAGAAGGACAUCUACGAGUACCAUGUUUAUCAGCCCAGUAAUGUCUAUGGGAAGGCCGAUUCCCAGAAUCCCUGUGCCAGCAAUCAAUUCCGUUGCACCACGACAAAUGUAUGCAUACCGCUGCAUUUGCGAUGCGAUAAUUUCUAUCACUGCAAUGAUAUGAGCGAUGAAAAGAACUGCGAGCAGUAUCAACGACCCACCACCACCCGACGACCCUUGAUCUGGGCCACGCAUCCUUUCACCACCCAGGGUCCAGGCUUGCUGGAGCGUAACAACACCACUAGAACCACCGCCAGCAGCACCACCAGAACCACCGAGACGCCACCAAUAUGGCAAUGGGCAACGAAAACGACAACCUCCGAGACCACGACUACUAACCCAAUAACAACACUUGGUGUAGCGAUCAACUCAUCACAGUCAUGCCUCGAAAACAUCGAAUUCGCGUGCCACAAUCGCGAUUGCAUUCCGAUUGAGAGCGUCUGCGAUGGCACCCCCGACUGUGGACACGAGGAAGACGAGGACUACGCUCUUUGCAACUGCAGCGGCGACAAGUACAAGUGCCAACGUGGCGGCGGGUGCAUUCCAAAAUCCCAGGUGUGCGAUGGCAAACCUCAAUGCCGCGACCGCAGCGACGAGAGCGCCUGCCAUCUCCAUGGAAGAUUAAAUAAAACUCGUUUGGGGGUCGAGUGCCUUGGAAGCCAGUAUCAGUGUGGCGAUGGAAGCUGCAUAUCCGGCUACAAACGCUGCAACGGCAUCACCGAUUGCGCCGAUGGCGCCGACGAGUAUAACUGCAUCUACAACUACGUCGAUUCCAGUUACGACAACGACCCGGACAACAAUCCACUGAAUGAAUGUGAUAUCCUUGAGUUUGAAUGUGACUACAGUCAGUGCUUGCCGCUUGAGAAGAAAUGCAAUGGCUAUGUAGACUGUGAAGACGAGAGCGACGAGUUCGAAUGUCAGUCGUACACAGACCGUUGUCUAGAGUCCGAGUUCGAGUGCGAUAGCUACUGCCUGCCCCGCGAUCAGUUGUGCAACGGCAUUACCAACUGCCAAGAUGGCAGCGAUGAGCGCAACUGUACUUUCUGCCGGGAAGAUGCCUACCUUUGCAACACCGGCGAGUGUGUGGCUGAUAAUCAGAGAUGCAACGGCAUCGACGAUUGCGCCGACGGCAGCGACGAGCGUCACUGCGAUCAAGCCAGGAAUUAUUGUCCACCUAAUAGACUAGCCUGCAACGGCACCUGCGUUAAUCGGAGAAUUAGGUGUGAUGGCAAGCGCGAUUGCCUCGAUGGCUACGACGAAAUGUAUUGUCCGGAGACAAACAACCACUAUCCCAUAAAUAAUGUGAAUGUUAUUGUCCAAAAAACGAGUCCUCCGAAUCCUAAAACAAAACGCUGUCGCCCCAAUGAGUGGCAGUGUGCGAAUCUCGAGUGCAUCGAAAUAAGUUUGCAGUGCAAUGAAUUUAAGGAUUGCUCGGAUGGAUCCGAUGAGGACCUCAGCGUUUGCUUCGGCAUCGCCACCAAUCGACUAAAACCCAGUGACUGCAGUUCGGAUCAGUUCUUCUGCGAUGAGUCGUGCUAUAAUCGCUCUGUUCGAUGCAACGGGCAUUUGGAUUGCUCCGAUGGUAGUGAUGAGGUUGGAUGUUCCAUGAAGUCACUGCCAUGUCCACAGCACCAGUGUCCCAGUGGGAGGUGUUAUUCGGAAAGUGAGCGAUGCGAUCGCCACAGGCACUGCGAGGAUGGCUCCGAUGAGGCCAACUGCUGUGCACCGAGUCAAUACCGUUGCAGAAACGGAGACUGCGUUGCUGGAUCGGCUGUCUGCGAUGGAGUCCCCCAAUGUAGCGACAAUUCCGAUGAACUCAACUGUGGGGGAGCCCAGGAAUGUCUGCCCAGUCAGUUCAGAUGUAAUAGUGGCCAGUGCGUGAGCCUGGGAGCACGUUGCAAUGGACGAUCCGAUUGCCAGGAUGGCUCCGAUGAACAUAUUUGCGGUCAUCAUCAAGUUGAGGUCACCCAAGGAACCACUGGAAGUGGCACCACCUCUACUAGCACCACUGCCAUGACGCCACUGAGAAUCAUCUGCCCACCAACCUCAUUUAAAUGCGACAAUGGGCCCUGUAUUUCGCUGGGUCUACGAUGCAAUGGACGGAUCGAUUGUCCAUAUGAUGAUAGCGAUGAGGUGGAUUGUGGUCAUGUCAGCAAUGAGAUUGACAACAACUUUAACAACCCUGGACGUGGAUCGAACCAAUUGAAUCUCAAGACCUACCCAGACGCUCAGAUCAUCAAGGAGAGUCGCGAGGUCAUCUUCCGUUGCCGUGAUGAAGGUCCCGCUCGCGCCAAGGUCAAGUGGUCUCGCCCCGGUGGACGACCUCUGCCCCCCGGAUUCACAGAUCGCAACGGUCGCCUUGAAAUUCCCAACAUUCGGGUUGAGGAUGCUGGCACAUAUGUUUGCGAGGCUGUGGGUUAUGCCAACUAUAUAGCCGGCCAGCAGGUCACCGUGAACCUCAAUGUCGAGCGCUAUAACGACUUGUCAUCCCGUCCGAGCUCAGCCUGCUCUGAACACCAGUCCACGUGCAUGAACGGCGAGUGUAUUGAUAGGACGGCCAUCUGCGAUGGAACUCCAGACUGCUCGGAUGCCUCCGAUGAGCAGAGCUGCAGUUUGGGCCGCAAGUGUCAGCCCAACCAGUUCAUGUGCGCCAAUUCCAAGUGCGUGGAUCGCACCUGGCGCUGUGAUGGACAGAACGACUGCGAGGAUAAUUCCGAUGAGACCUCCUGCGAUCCGGAACCAAGUGGCGCUCCCUGCCGAUUUAGCGAGUUCCAGUGCCGCAGUGGUCAUUGCAUCCCCAAGAGCUUCCAGUGCGACAAUUUGGCGGAUUGUACUGACGGUACCGAUGAAGUUGGCUGCAUGAAACCCAUGCCGAUUCGCCCGCCACCCCCAUCGGUAUCCCUGAUGGAGUUCGAGGUGCUCGAACUGACCUGCGUGGCCACCGGAACCCCAACACCGAUGAUCGUGUGGCGUUUGAACUGGGGCCAUGUGCCCGACAAGUGCGAGUCGAAGAGCUACGGUGGAACCGGAACUCUCCGCUGCCCGGAUAUGAGACCAAAAGACAGUGGAGCUUACUCGUGCGAGAUUAUCAAUACGCGCGGCACUCACUUUGUGAACCCGGACACCAUUGUCACCGUGACGCCACAACGCACGGACGUGUGCAAAGCUGGAUUCUUCAAUAUGCUGGCCCGCAAAUCAGACGAUUGCGUCAAGUGCUUCUGUUUCGGAGUGGCCAAUUCCUGCGAUAGUGCCAAUUUGUUUACCUACGCCAUUCAACCGCCGAUCGUCUCGCACCGCGUUCUUACUGUGGAACUGAGUCCGCGUCGCCAGAUUGUGAUCAAUGAGGCAGCUCCGGGUCAGGAUCUGAUCACCCUGCACCAUGGCGUUCAGUUCAGGGCCUCGAAUGUUCACUUUGCUGGUCGGGAGACGCCCUACUUGGCAUUGCCCUCGGACUAUAUGGGCAACCAGUUGAAGUCCUAUGGCGGAAACUUGAGGUACGAAGUUAGCUACAUGGGCAGUGGAAGACCCGUCAAUGGUUCAGAUGUUAUCAUCACCGGCAAUCGUUACACUAUAACCUAUAGUGUUCGCACUCAACCUGGUCAAAAGAACAAGGUUAAAAUUCCGAUAUUGCCGGGAGGAUGGCUGAAACCCGAUGGCUACAAGGCCACGCGCGAAGAGAUCAUGAUGAUACUGGCCAAUGUGGAUAAUAUUCUGAUACGACUGGGCUACCUGGAUAGCACCGCUCGCGAGGUGGAUCUAAUAAAUAUUGCCUUGGAUUCGGCUGGAAGUUCGGACCAGGGAUUGGGCAGUGCCUCCCUCGUGGAGAAGUGCUCGUGUCCACCCGGUUAUGUGGGUGAUUCCUGUGAGACCUGUGCCCCCGGCCACGUCAGACAGCCGGGAGGACCCUGGCUUGGUCAGUGUGUGCCCUUCAUUCCGGAACCUUGUCCAUCCGGAACGUUUGGCGAUCCACGACGUGGUGUGCCCUGCAAGGAGUGUCCUUGCCCCCUGACCGGCGGCAAUAACUUUGCCAGUGGCUGCCAACAGAAUCCCGACGGCGAUGUCGUAUGCCGAUGCAAUGAGGGCUACGCGGGCAGGAGGUGCGAAUACUGCGCAUCUGGCUACCAGGGUAAUCCGCUGGCUCCGGGAGGAGUUUGUCACCCGAUACCCGAUACUUCGUGCAACGUGGAUGGAACCUACAACAUCCAGAGCAACGGAGCCUGCCAGUGCAAGGAUAAGGUGAUUGGCGAACAGUGCGACACGUGUGCGGCUAAGAGUUUCCACCUCAAUUCGUUCACCUACACUGGAUGCAUCGAGUGCUUCUGCAGCGGAGUGGGAGAUGAUUGCGAUAGUAGUACGUUGUAUCGCGACCAGGUGACCAGCACCUUUGGACGUUCGCGCGUCAAUCAUGGCUUCGCAUUGGUUAACGACUAUAUGCGUGCCACCCCGGAGACCAUACCCGUGUCCAUGGCCGUGGUGCCCAAUGCGCUGAGCUUUGUGGGAUCGGCGGAUCAUGCCGGGGACACACUCUACUGGAGUCUGCCGGCCGCCUUUCUGGGCAACAAGCUGACUUCCUACGGCGGCAAGCUGAGCUACACUUUGAGCUACAGUCCUCUGCCCAGUGGCAUAAUGUCCCGCAACAGUGCCCCGGAUGUGGUGAUAAAGAGUGGCGAGGACCUGAGGCUCAUCCACUACAGGAAAUCACAGGUUAGCCCCAGUGUGGCCAACACCUAUGCCGUCGAGAUCAAGGAGAGCGCCUGGCAGCGCAGCGACGCAGUGUCGGCCAACCGUGAGCAUGUCCUGAUGGCCCUCAGCAACAUUACGGCCAUCUACAUUAAGGCCACGUAUACCACGAGCACCAAGGAGGCCUCGUUGCGUCAGGUGACAUUGGACACUGCUACGGCUACGAAUCUGGGCACAGCGCGUGCCGUCGAAGUCGAGCAAUGUCGCUGUCAAGAGGGCUAUGUGGGAACGUCCUGCGAGCGGUGUGCUCCUGGUUACGCCCGCGAUCCGGAGGGUGGAAUCUAUCUGGGAUCCUGCCUACCCUGCGAGUGCAAUGGACAUUCGAAGUAUUGCAACGCCGAAACCGGGGACUGCGAAAACUGUUCUGACAACACCGAUGGAUCCAACUGUGAAGUAUGCGCCGCCGGCUAUGUGGGCGAUGCCACCCGCGGAACUCCGUACGACUGCCAACCCGAUGAGGGCAAUCCGGCGCCGCGUCCGCCGCCACCGGGCAAUCAAACACUUGAUAACUGUAACGUAUACUGCGAUUCUCACGGUACGUACGCUUGCCGCGACAACUACUGCCAGUGUAAGACGAACGUAAUUGGGGAUCAGUGCGAUGAGUGCCGCCCCGGAACCUACGGACUGUCCCCCGAAAACCCGGAGGGCUGCAAGGAGUGCUACUGCUCCGGAGUGUCCAACCAGUGCCGUUCGGCAGCUCUGUACCGCCAGCAGAUACCCGUGGACUUCAUUCUCAACGCACCCCUUAUCACAGAUGAUAACGGCGAUAUUUUGGACACGCAGAACCUAGAACCCGACUUAGCCAGUAACAUGUACACCUACUCGCACCCCAGCUACACGGACAAAUUCUGGAGCCUCAGAGGCAGUGUGCUGGGCAACCAGCUCCUGUCUUACGGCGGCCUCCUGAGUUACACCCUAGUGGUGGAAUCCUUUGGCAACUAUGUGCCUGGACAGGAUGUGAUCCUGAUUGGAAACGGAGUCAAGCUGGUGUGGUCCAGUCCCGACGGACGUGGCGAUCGGGAGGAGUACAGUGUGCGACUGCACGAGGACGAGCAAUGGCAGCGCAAGGAUCGUGGAUCGGCACGACCGGCAUCCCGCUCGGACUUCAUGACUGUGCUAACGGAUCUGCAGCACAUACUGGUCCGAGCCACGCCCAAGGUGCCCUCGACAAGGACCUCGAUCGGCAAUGUCAUUCUAGAGAGUGCUGUCACCACCAGAACGCCGGGAGCUACGCAUGCCGUCGAUCUCGAGAUGUGCCAGUGCCCAACCGGAUAUUCGGGCUCUUCCUGUGAGAGCUGCGCACCACUCUACUAUCGCGACUCCAGCGGUUCCUGCAGCCUGUGUCCUUGCGAGGCCUCCAACACCGAGUCCUGCGAUUUGGUUAGCGGCAGCUACGUCGAAUGCCGGUGCAAGCCACGCUGGAAGGGUGACCGCUGUCGCGAAAUUGAAACUAACGUACCCUCGGUACCGGAUCCCAGUACCGAAGAUCCCGUGCGGACCCAGAUCAUUGUGUCGAUUGAGAAACCGGAGAUUACUAUCGUUCCUGUGGGCGGAUCGCUGGUCCUCAGCUGUAGCGGUCGGAUGCGCUGGAGCAAUGAUCCAGUCUAUGUGAAUUGGUACAAGGAGAACAGUCGCAUGCCAGAGGAUCACGAAGUCAAUGGUGGUAAUCUGCAUCUUUUCAACCUGGACAUCAGCGAUUCUGGAGUCUACAUUUGCCAGGCCGUUAGCAAGGAAACCAAUCGCAUUUUCAAGGAUUCCGUCUCCAUCACCAUAACCCCGGUGGACCAGCGCUCGCCGGCUCAGAUUGUGAACCUGCCCCACGAUGUGACCUUUGAUGAAUACCAGCCCAACGAGAUCGUCUGCGAGGUGACGGGUAACCCGGCACCCACUGUCACCUGGACUCGAGUGGAUGGACAGGCGGAUGCCCAGAGCACACGAACGUACAACAACCGCUUGAUCUUCGAGUCGCCAAGGAAAUCGGAUGAGGGUCGCUAUCGCUGCCAGGCGUACAAUGAACUGCAUCGUGUUGAGCAGUAUGUCAUCGUUUAUGUCCAGAGCAACACUCCACAGCCGCCGCCGCCGCAGGAUCGUUUGUAUAUCCAGCCGGAGGAGGUUAAUGGCUAUGCGGGCGAAUCUUUCCGACUAUCCUGCCAAUUUACAAGCGGUGCCUCUCUGCACUACGAUUGGUUACUCAACGGCAGCCCCCUGUCCUCUUCGGCCCCCCGAAAUGUCCAGUUCAAUGACAAUGUCCUGGAGGUACACGAUGCCAGCUACCGCGACUCUGGAAUCUACACCUGUGCGGCCUUUGAUCAACGCACCCGCCGCAACCUAACCGCAGACGCUCGUGUUAACAUCGAGCCACGCGAGGAACCACCAAUCGAUGAUGGCGCCAAACCAAGGAUUGUGCCAUUGCCGGAGAAUGUCAACAUCAUCCAGGGUCAGGAUUAUAGCAUCACGUGCGAGGCCAGUGGAACGCCCCAUCCCUCGAUCAAAUGGGCCAAGGUGCACGACCAGUUGGCCGUCAAUGUCCACAUCAACAGCAAUGUGCUGACCAUCUAUGGAGCCCGGCCCGAGAAUCGCGGUCCAUACUCCUGCUUUGCCGUUAACUCCCACGGAACUGAACAGUCCAGCACAAACAUCGAUAUUGAACCCCGGGAGCGGCCUAACAUUAGGAUUGAACCGGAGACCCAGCAAACAGUUCUUGUCGGCGGGCAGGCUGCCCUCUACUGCACCGCUCACGGUAUUCCCAAGCCAACCGUCGAGUGGGUUCGAGUGGACGGCCAACCGCUGACGCCGCGUCACACGACCAGAGAAGAGCCCGGCUAUAUGGUAAUCGAAGACAUUCAGGUCGCUGAUGACGGCCAGUACGAGUGUCGGGCGAGAAAUAUUGCUGGCGAGGCCACCGGAGUGGCCUCCAUUGUCGUCCAGGAGCAACCUGUCGUGCAGCUAAGCACCGAACAGCAGACCAUUCGACUCACCGAGGGCGACGAACUGUCGCUGAGCUGCGUGGGUAGCGGUGUGCCCACUCCGUCUGUUUUCUGGACCCAGCCUGAAAGGAGCAGUUUCAGGGGACUCGCGGGACCGUCAUCCACGAACACGGCCAACGUCCAGAUCUACCGAGUCACACUGGAGGACGCCGGCGUCUACACUUGCCGCGGAUCCAAUGAGGCGGGCGAAGAUGAAAAAUACGUGCUCGUGGAAGUUCAGCCCAAACGGGGCGACAUCGGAGGAGACGAUACCGAUGUGGACGACUUCGGUCCCCCCCGACCAACUUACAACCAGCCUUCGCGCCCCUACACCCAACCGCCUGGUUACAACGAAAAGCUGUCCGCCGAAAUUGGCACAAAUGUGACCCUAAUUUGCGACAUCUUCAAAGGGUUGAGCCCGUAUUGGGAACGCGUUGAUGGCACACCCCUGCCUCCAAAUGCCCACGCGGAGCACAACAGUCUGGUGAUUGUGUUCCUGCAGCUGCAGAAUCUGGGCCAGUACCGCUGCAGCGGAAUCGGAAGCGAUGGUCAUGUGGAGGCCAUUGUGGUGAAGGAGCUGGUCCAGCUGCCCCUGCCCAGGAUCACCUUCUAUCCCAGCAUUCCGCUCAACGUGGAGAUAGGACAAAAUUUGGAUGUGUACUGCCAGGUGGAGAAUGUGCGUCCGGAGGAUGUGCAUUGGAGCACCGACAAUAAUCGACCACUGCCCAGUAACGUUCGUUUCGAAUACAAUAUCCUGCGAUUCGAGUCCAUCACUCAGGCGGCUGCCGGAGAAUACCGCUGCUCCGCCUUCAAUCAGUAUGGAAACAGGUCAGAGACCGCCAAGGUGAUGGUGAAGAAGCCCGGUGGCUUCCAGCCAGUUCCGCAGUCCCAGUUGCAACAGCACCGCGAGGGCAGCACCAUCCAGCUAAGAUGCAGUCUGACCACCCAGUACGGCGGCGAGGUUCGCGGCAAUGUCCAGUUCCAUUGGUACCGUGAGGAUGGCAGCCGGUUGCCGCACAACGCUCGUCCGGACAGCCAGGUGCUGGUGCUGACCGCUUUGCGACCGGAGGACGAGGGCCGCUACAUCUGCAAUUCGUACGAUGUGGCCAGGAGGCAGCAACUGCCCCUCGUCUCUAUCGACUUGCAAGUACUAACGGCGACCCCGCCCCCCUACAGCCCCGCCUACCUGCCGCCGGUGCCCACGGCGCCCCCACACUUACCGGAAAGGACGCGCGACUACAGCCUGAAACUGGACCAACAGUCCUCCAACCUUCGAGUCGGUGAGGACACCGAAGUCGAGUGCUACUCCUCCGACGACACCUACACGGAUGUCGUCUGGGAGCGGUCCGAUAAAGCUCCACUGAGCAACAACGUCCGGCAAGUGGGCAACCGCCUGGUGAUCAGCGAUGUGGCCCCAACCGAUGCCGGCAACUAUGUGUGCAAGUGCAAGACGGACGAAGGAGAUCUGUACACCACCAGCUACGUACUCGAGGUCGAGGAUCAGCCCCACGAACUGAAGAGCUCCAAGAUAGUCUACGCCAAGGUGGGCGGAAAUGCCCAGUUGCAGUGCGGAGCCGAUGAAGCUAGACAGCCCACCUACCGCUGGUCCCGUCAAUAUGGACAACUCCAAGCGGGACGCAGUCUGCUCAGCGAAAAGCUUUCCCUGGACAGCGUGCAGGCCAAUGACGCCGGAACGUACAUUUGCACGGCGGUAUAUGGCGACGGUGAGACGGCGGACUUCCCCAACAUUUUGGUGGUGACGGGGGCGAUUCCUCAGUUCCGCCAGGAACCACGCAGCUACAUGAGUUUCCCCACGCUGCCGAACUCCUCGUUCAAGUUUAACUUUGAGCUCACCUUCCGGCCGGAAAAUGGCGACGGAUUGCUCCUCUUCAAUGGACAAACCCGCGGAAGCGGCGACUACAUCGCAUUGUCGCUGAAGGAUCGCUAUGCGGAGUUCCGCUUCGAUUUUGGCGGCAAACCGUUGCUGGUACGAGCGGAGGAGCCACUGGCUCUCAACGAGUGGCACACGGUUCGAGUGAGCCGCUCCAGGAGGGAUGGCUACAUCCAGGUGGACGAACAGCAUCCGGUGGCAUUCCCCACACUCCAGCAGUUGCCCCAACUGGACCUGAUUGAGGAUCUGUACAUUGGCGGAGUGCCCAACUGGGAACUCCUGCCGGAGGAGGCGGUUGGUCAGCAGUUGGGAUUCGUGGGCUGCAUCAGCCGUUUGACCCUGCAAGGACGCACCGUGGAACUGAUCCGGGAGGCCAAGUUCAAGGAGGGCAUCUCCGACUGCCGGCCCUGUGCCGCUGGACCUUGCCAAAACGAGGGAGUCUGCCUGGAGAGCCAGACGGAGCAGGCCUACACAUGCAUUUGCCAGCCGGGAUGGACGGGAAGGAACUGUGCCAUCCAGGGCACCCAGUGCACGGCCGGAGUCUGCGGCGCCGGACGCUGCGAGAAUACGGAGAACGACAUGGAGUGCCUGUGCCCGCUGAACCGGACCGGUGAUCGAUGCCAGUACAUUGAGCAUUUGAGCGAGCACAGCCUCAAUUUCAAGGACAACAGUUUUGCGGCCUACGGAACCCCGAAACUGACCAAAGUCAACAUAACACUCUCCGUGCGUCCGUCGAGCUUGAUCGACUCCGUGAUUUUGUACACGGCGGAAUCCAGUUUGCCCAGCGGCGAUUACUUGGCCCUGGUACUCCGUGGCGGUCACGUGGAGCUGCUGAUCAAUACGGCCGCCCGCUUGGAUCCCGUGGUGGUGCGAUCCGCGGAGCCACUGCCCCUGAACCGCUGGACGAGAAUCGAGAUCCGGCGUCGCCUGGGCGAGGGCAUCCUGCGGGUGGGCGAUGGACCAGAGCGCAAGGCCAAGGCCCCGGGAUCGGAUCGCAUACUGUCGCUCAAGACGCCGCUCUAUGUGGGCGGCUACGAUCGGUCGACGGUCAAGAUCAAUCGGGAUGUGAACAUCACCAAGGGCUUCGAUGGCUGCAUCUCCAGGCUCUACAAUUCGCAGAAGGCCGUUCAACUUUUGGCCGACAUCAAGGAUGCGGCGAAUAUCCAGAACUGCGGCGAGACAAACGAGAUAAGUGGCGGCGACGAGGAUGUCGACAAUGAGCCAUUGGUGCCGCCCCCAGUCCCAGAGGUCCACAACGAGGACGAACUGCAGCCAUAUGCGAUGGCUCCGUGUGCCAGCGAUCCCUGCGAGAACGGCGGAAGCUGCAGCGAGCAGGAGGCCAUGGCCGUUUGCUCCUGUCCCCUCGGUUUCAGCGGCAAACACUGCCAGGAGCACAUCCAGCUGGGCUUCAACGCCUCGUUCCGCGGCGAUGGCUUCGUGGAGCUCAAUCGCACCUACUUCAAUGCCGCCCUGGAGCAAUCAUACACCUCCAUGGUCAUCGUGUUCACCACCAGCCAGCCCAAUGGUCUGCUCUACUGGUGGGGCCAAGAGGCCGGAGAGGAGUACACCGGACAGGACUUCAUCGCCGCCGCCGUUGUCGAUGGCUAUGUGGAGUUCUCCAUGCGACUCGAUGGCGAGGAGGCGGUGAUCCGGAAUAGCGAGACCCGCGUGGACAACGGAGAGCGGCACAUUGUGAUCGCCAAGCGGGCGGACAACACCGCCGUCCUGGAAGUGGAACGCGUGCUGCACUCGGGUGAAACCCGACCCACCAGCAAGAAGGCGAUGAAGCUGCCGGGCAAUGUGUUUGUCGGUGGCGCUCCGGAUAUCGCACAGUCGGGCAACCGCUACAAGCACAGCUUCAACGGAUGCAUCGUGGUCGUCGAGGGCGAAACCGUGGGCCAAAUUAACCUUAGUUCAGCUGCCAUCAACGGAGUGAAUGUCAAUGUCUGUCCCGCUCACGACGAACCCCUGGGAGGAACCGAACCGCCAGUCGUCUGAGGACACAACCAGCAACCGAAAUUAGCUUUUUAAUUAAACAUUAACAAAAGAAACAAAAAGAAAAAACCAUUUUUAUAUAUACAACAUAUGAAUAAGCCCCAAGCAAAACCACAACAAAUUUGAGUGUUAUAUGGCAAACAGAUAAUAUAAUAACAAAAACACAAAAAAAAAAGAGAGAAACGAUCACUUCAACUAAGAAGCUUCUUCGAUCCUUAAGUCUAAGUUAAGAUUGUAGCAAGAAAAAAGCGAAUAUCACAAACAUUUAUGUAACAAAAGCGCCAUGCGAGAAGUGAAACGAAACAGAAACAAUAAUGCAAUUAAUGCAAAUAAUACAGAUAAAGCCUAGAACCCUAAGAACUAACUAACUAACUCGAGCAACAACAACGCAUACUAGCCAACUGCAACCACAACAACCACAAUAGUGAAGGCAUUUUAAUUAUAAUUUUAGUUUCUAGCUUAUAUCUAUGACUACGACUCUUUUUUUUGUGAACCCAGUGUAAAAUGUUGGAAAUCGGAAAUUGGCCCUACACACACACACACACUCACACACACGUUAUUAAUUAAAUACCAAUUGAUACCAUAUAAUGAUAAAAGAAAUACUAUGAAUGCAACUAUUGUGAACGAACGAAAAUCGUUGAGUGGAUAAAAAGCAAAAGCAGAAGCAGAAGAUAUAUUAAAAUGAAAUCAACAAC